AUGAGAAAACUGAUCGAAGUUGCUAGGUCAGAAGACGCCAUAGUGGCAGGCCUAGCCAACGCCUUAAAUUUGGAAAACAAGGCAAUCGAAAUUGGGGAGAAUGCAAACCUCCCAGUGCCUAUCGGCACAAAAAGGGCACAUGAAAAAUGGAGGAAGAGGCACAAAGAUAAUUGGAAGUCUCAGCCUAGCCAGGGCAGAGGGGUGAUGUGUUACAGAUUCAGGGAAGGGAAUAGAUGGUUGAGGAACAAGAGUUUAAUGACAGAGAACGAGUACCUCUGGGCACUGAAGGUGCGAGCCAAUGUAGUACCCACAAGGGUCACUAUGGCAAGAGGAACUAUUGGUAUGAAUACAAAUUGCAGAAAAUGCAAAGAGUACCCUGAGACAACUGGCCACAUCUCAGGGCACUGUAGAGCCAUGAAAGAUCUAAGACUUAUCAGGCAUGACAGGGUCUGUAUAUCUCUAACAAAAGCAGCCGAGGCGGCAGGCUACAGAAUCAUGGAAGAACCCAUGUGCAAAUUUGGAUUGGAAAAGCUCAAACCAGAUUUCAUUCUCUGUUCGGGGGAAGGGACUCCUUGUUACGUGUUAGACCCGACCAUAGUAUGGGAUGACAGUCCCAAUCGGCUGAGGAAGGCAUGGGAGGGCAAGGUAAAGAAACACACACCGUUAAAACCGUUGUUGAAGCAAAAAUACAACCCCUCGACUGUACAGGUAUAUGGCUUCGUCUGUGGAGCCUGGGGUACAUGGUGCCCCAAGAAUGACGAGGUGGUUAAGAUUCUAGGCCUGAGCAAGGGCCGCGUCCGCGACAUCCUGCAAAAGGUGUUGUGUGACACGAUUCGGAUUAAAGCUUUCAUGAACCACUAA